UUUUCAGUAUAUUUUUGUUGUAUUUAAGUUAAUUUUUCAAUCUAAUUCAAAAUAUUUUUUUUGAACAAAUGAAAUGGACAACGUUACGGACGAUAGUUUAAAAGAAAUGGAAAUUGAUAUUCCAGUGGCCUAUGUCAAACAACUUAAAAUAUGGUCAAACAGUGAAACGAAACAAUUAUUGAGUCUCUAUAAAAGUUUAUUACCCGAGGUUGGACAAAGGUUCACAUAUCAAAAACAAAUGUUUGACGAAAUUUCUUUACAUUUUCCCGAUAAGACUCCUCAGCAAUGCCAAUCACGAUUAACGACUAUGUUUCGAAAAAAGAAAAGAGGCGCUGGCAAAGUCUAUAAUAUAUCAGGGGCUGGCAAAAAUACAACUGAUUUAGUUUCAAAAGAUGAUACAAAUGCAUUUCGAAUUAUUAAAUUACAUAAUGUGGAACCAGACGAUAAUCUCCUGACUCCCAUCAGAAACUUUCAGUUGUGGUCAAAUAGUGAAACAAAGCAACUAGUCGAUCUUUACAAACGUUUUAUAGGCGAUGUUGGUCCUGAUAAAAGAUUUACACAAAAAAAGGAAAUGUGGGCCGAAAUUUCCGCCCACUUUCCAAAUAAGGAACCUAAACAAUGUGAAACUCGAUUCAUGCGCCUUCUUAAUAAACAGAAAAACCGCGUUGUAAAAUACGUUAGAUACAAUCCAUCGGAGACCAGAAGAAAAAGAAACGAUAAAGCUAAAGAUAAAUCUUCUUUUCAAAUAAAUAGAAAACAUACAAUAAAAAAAGAACGAAUAACAGAUGAUAUGGAUCAGAAUGAACUUGACAUACCGGAGCACAGUGAACCCAACAUACAGAAGAAGAAUGAGCUGGUCGAUUCCGCAAAAAAAGAAAAAACCAUACAGGAAACUUUGAUGGAUAUAGCUGCCAGGAAGGAAGAAACAAAAGAAAGGCGCCAUAAAGAGAAAAUGGAAGUUUUUAAACAAGUGCAAAAUAUAUUACAACAACUUUUAGAUAGUAAGAAUAAUUAAGAUUUGUUAUAUAAAUAUGGGUAAAUAAUAGUUAUUUUUGUUAAAAAA